CUCCUCUCCUCCCUAUUUAACCCUCCUCCCCCUCUUCCCCUUCUACAUUACCCCUUUCCAUUAUGAUGAGUUUCUGUAAAAAGAGUGUCCACUCUUUUUUAGGCCUUGCUAACUCCAUGGAAAAUGUUUUUAUUACAACCACCUCCACUGCUGCUUCUCCUCCUGAGUCCUACUAUAGGUGUCAUGAUGCUGUCUCCACCGUCGGUGGGUUGGGUUUUAUUGCCGCGUCCGUGGAAAUUCACCGCCCCGCCAACGUUGUAGAAUCUGCGGCCGUUAAGACCAGCCCUCCGAAGAGAGACCCAGGUGGGAUAGGGUUUAUUGGCGAUGUUGGAGGUUGGGUUGAUGGACUUAUGUCCUGCACUGAGAGUUUAGGGUUUGAGAGCUCCGAUGAGAGGAGGGUGGAUGAUGAAAUGAAGACUUGUUACGAGGAGUGUUGGAGGUCGAAGCCCUUGAGAGUCAAGUCUAAGUGGAGGAACUCCCGUGAGAGGAGGGAGGCCAGGAAGUUUCCACCACCGUUGCCGUCGUUGAACCACAACGGCCAGCCCAGCUUCUUUCUCCGGUCGGUGAGGAAGGACGGCAGGCUUGAGCUUACUGAAGUGAGAAUAGACAGGCCGGAGAUUCUCCGUGCUUCGCGCCAAGAUGGUCGGUUAACACUGCACCUCAUUAAAAAAGAAGACAACGGCGUUGAGGAAGAACCACCACAAGAAGAGGUGCAACAACAUCAAGAAGAAGAAUUUGAAGAAGAAGAAGAAGAAGAAGAAGAAAAAGAAGAAGAAAAGGAAGAAGAAAAAGAACACGAAGAAGAUGAUGAGUUUGAAGAAGAGGUGGUGGAGGAGUGGCGGUUCACGGCGGCGGCGGCGGCGAGUAGUAAUGGAGGAGAAGGGUUGAGGAGGUGUCAUGAGCUGGUGCAGCAACACCAUCACCACCACUUGCAUGGGUGGAGCCAACCUUGUGUGACGAGCAGGUGAGGUUAGCAAGCAACAUGGUCACGGAGUGAAAGAGACAAGAGAGAUAUAGAGCUGUUCAUAUUAAUAUAUAUUUUAUUCUUACCCUGCAUUGAAUCUGCUAAAUUUAGCAGUGAAGAAUUUGUCUCGGCCAAACUUGGAGGCAGCUGUGAAGUUGGAUUGACAGCUCUCAGAGAAGGGCUCUGUGGUACACAGCAGACAGUCUGAAAGUCUAAAAGAGAUAGAAAGAGAAAGAAUUAUCUUCUAUUCUACUCUUUGCCAAUUUUAGAAAUUGCCAAUCUCAGUUACAAACUUAAACACAGUCCAAGCAAUUUUCUUUUUUAAAUCUUUUCUUUUCCUUUUUUUAAAAAAAAUUUCUUCCAAAAAAAAAAAACCCCAAAAGCAAUGUUUGCCACAACCAUCUCUCAUCUCUCCAUCUAUGAUUUUUUUUUUCUCCCUAGUCAUUGGGUGUGCCCAGAAAAUCACACAGUAAUCUUUUUUUGGAA